AAAAAAACCAAACAAAAAAAAAGGCUUCGUUCGCAUCGUUUUUUUCCUGUCUUUCCCAGUAAAUGAUGUGAUCGAAUUGACCCAUUCGUCUAGAGGAGUAAAAAUUAAACUGGAAACCCUCCGCCAGCUGUGCAGACUUGGGCGGUUGUUUGUCCGACCGUAAAAUAGGGAUCUCUCCACGCCGAGGUGCUUGUAGCCCUCCAGGCUGGUGAAUCAGCUCCGCUCGUGGUGCUGCCGAAAAGCUCACGGAGCUGCUCCCUGCCGGGGAGACGGCGGGCUCCCUCCUUGGUGAAAAUUUGAGGAGAUGUAAAAAGAAAAAAGACAAAAAAGGUAGAAAAAUAGCUGCUCCGUUAGUCUCUGACUUGGAGAUGGGCAGGGUGAACGUAGGUGUUGGAGACAAGAAGUGAAUUGAUGCACCGGGGGGGAAUGGGCAGGUGGGGGAGAGUCUUCCUUGUCGAGAUCGCACGUGGCAGCAGAAGCAAAAGUAACAAAGAUAACUUGAUGCAAGCUGCUGUGGCUGUCGGAGAGGCUGUAAAGACAAGUUUCCCUCCUCCCCUUUUUUUUUUCAUCUCCUCUUUCCUUUGCUCAACUCCAUAGCUCUUUGAGGGGGGGGGGGUUGGAAAUCACCUGCCUUUCUGUUUGCAGCAGUGAAAGCUCCUCGGCACGGGGCUCUGUCACAGAGACCCGUCUAAGUGCCUGGCCUCCAUGGAGGGAAGGGAAACUUGCGGACAGUCUCCGGACACCUUUGCAGACAGGAUCGCUCCCCCGGGGCUUGUGCUGAGCCACCCGAGAGGCCUGUUUACAACUCCUGCUCUGAGCCUCUUUACUUUUGCCACUGGGGAGAAAAUGGUGCCUUGCCUUGUCGGCAAGGUAAGAGCUGCCAGACGCUCGUUCAGAAGCGAUUCCUCUAAUUCGUCGCUCCUUUCCUUCGGUUCGUUUGCAAAUCCCGCUCUCAUCAGUGACGUCUUUCACCGGCUGCUCUUAUUCCUAACGGCAGAGCGAAACGUGCGGCGAGCGGCGGUUUUUUUCUCCAGGCGGCCAGCCGGCAAAGGGACGGCGCUUAUUUCUUUUGCGGAUAACUUUGCGCGCGCGCCUGCGAGCGGUGUCGGUAGGAAGCGUGAUUCCCUGCCGCGGGAUGUCGUGGGUACCCACGAUGGGAAAGGUCGGACACCCCUUGCUUUGGCGAUGGAGGGGGGAAACGAGCGCUCGGUGAAGCAGCCGGCCCGGCCCAGCUCCCCCAACACCAACAAUUCCCCCCCCCCCCCCCCCCCCGCUUCGCCCCCACGUCAGAAAAGACAAACAGAGGUGCUUUGCAAGCUUUCCCUCUAGGUUCACCCACCUAUCUCAGAUCUCUAGCUGUUACUCCCAUGGAUGGUCUGUGGAUGGAGACGUGACUGCCGGCACGAAGCAAGCUAGGGAGGAGGGAGAAAUACCAAUGCAAAGUGCCCCCGGCUUCCCAGUGCCCCGCCUGGGAGCGAACGCGUGUCCGUGCCCUGUUUGCAAACCCCAGGGCCCGGCCGGGGGGGGGGGGGGUCAGCGGCAGGCAUGGGGAGGGCUUGGCAUGGCGCGGAGGGAGCCCUCCUUGGCUCCGAGAUGGCCGCGCGUCGGGUUUAAUCGAUGCCUUUCCUCCUGCGCUGAGCGAGCGAGAGGAGGUUGUUUUGAACGUGUUGCUCGCGGCGUCUUGAACCGCUUCGGCCGCAAAGAGAGAACGGUUUAGUUUUUUUUCUCAAAUGAGCUCUUUAUUCUCUCCUACCCCCCCGCCCCGCGUCUUAGCUGUGGCAUCUGACUGUGAAUAAUGCACACUUCUCCAGACCCUCGGGUUUGUAUUUCUGGCCCGUGGGCUUUUUGGUUGCCAAUUUCCCCUCCCCACUUUUUGCUCAGGCUCCGUGCCUCUUUUACCCUGCUAUGAAGCAGAAAUCCGUGAAGCACACGCAGACGUGUCCUUCUGCCGGGCUCGCCGGUGGCCGCAGGGGUCCGGGCCCUCCAGCCACGAGACUGAACUCGGCAGGGAUAAUCCUCGCAAGAGACCAAAGCUCUUCCCAUACCAGCAAAAGCACGCGGGAGCCACGGGGAGGGGGGUUUGUGAGGGGACGAGGCGGGCAGGGUCCCGGUGUGUCGUCUGCCUUGGGUCUGGAGCUGACCUUGGCGAUGUCCCCCGUGCUGGUCGCGCUUUUGCUGAUACGGCUCCUCAGACGCGAUUCAGGCUCGGUCCGUCUCUUUCUCGCAGCACAAACUCAACAGGGUGGCCCGCGGGGUCUUCGGGGUCCCCUUUCUUUCUUAAUCUCGUGAGGGUUGCUGUUUUUUUGACCAGUGGGCAAGACAACCGAGACAGCCGGCUUGCAAAUAAGCAGCAACAGCCUCUGCUUUUGCAGAUUCCCCUCUCAGCCCUGUCGAAAGAGGUCUUAAAAGCAGAGAAAUGGUACGUUGCUCCCCCAGCCAUUGUAUUCAAUGCAGUAAUGCCUAUGCAAUUCCUGUCUCCCUUGGAGACACGUAUGAUGUGUGUGCAUGUAAGCUAGUGUAUGUAUACAGUACAUAUGCAUAUGGUCUAUAUAUUGUAUAUACGCACAUCCCAGUACAUAUACACACAGUACAAAAGAUUAAAAUCACAUGCUUAUAUAUCUAUAAAUAAAAUCCUAUAUAUUUAUAUAUUUCUAUGUUUUCGAUAGAUAUAAAGAUAUAAUAUAGAGAUAGACUCAACCACCCUUGUGUAAGGCUGGCCCUGUGUUCUGGCACAAGGCACGUAACACUGAAGACUUUGGACUUUGGGAUAGUUUUAGCCAUACACUGAGGCCUACAUUUACGUGUAUAGCACUCUACGGAGAGGGGCUUUGCUGUGGUUAGGGCAAGGGGUUUUCCUUGCUGGCAUGUUAACCAAGUGCUAAAUAAGGUUUGUGUAAUAGGGGAAUGUCUUGGUGGGGGAAAGCGCUCGAGCGUCCUUGUCUUCUCCCGAGUAAGCCUCUGGCUGAGGUCCUGUGUGUUCACACUUGGACAGAUCCAUAUCCCGCCCUCAUACGCACUUUUCUCUCUCUGCACGGACGCGGUCGGCAGCUGCAGGUACCGGUGCCCCGAAAACGCGGUUUUCCGCUGUUCCGCCCUCGUGCGGCGCCCAGCCAAGAGCGCGGGUUCGCUCGCGGGCAUCGGUCAGCGACGCAGCCGCGGCGCUGGGAUAAAGGCGGCGGGAGAGCAAAAGGCAUUUCUGAGCGGAGGGAGGGUUGCCGCCGCGCGGUCGGUCAGAGGUGGCAGGGGUGGCGCGCGGAGCUGGGGCAGCGCCAACGGGGAAGGGACGGCGAAUUCGGAGCGAUAAGGAUGGGAGGCAUGUGCAGCUCUCUUGGGUCAGGCUGGGAGCCGCUCCGCUCCCUCGGGGUCUCGCAGCCGCUCCUCGGCCAGCGAGCAGCCUGCCUGGCCGGGGGCCCCGGGUGGUUUUUUUUUUUUUUUUCCGAAGGAAAGGGAACGUGGAAGACGCGGUCGGUGCCGCGUGGGUGCCUUUGGGCCCCGACGCGCGGCACGCUGACCUUGCCAGACCGAAGCGUGCAACCCUCUCGCCCUGCCCGUGCGAAGAGACGCCUGUUUGUGCACGACGGGCGUUCCCGCGCUGGGACGGGGAGGGUUGGAUCCGGGCAAUGGAUCAGCCUUCCCCGAGGGUCUGCCGAUGCCCGCGGGAUGGACGGCUUGCCUCAUCCCUCCACGCCUCCCUUCGCCGAGCCGCCCGUAGGACGCCGAACCCGCCGCCGGGCGAAGCCCUCGGCUGGCACCUGGACCCAAGGGGUGUCCCCUGGCCGGGCGGGCGGCGGGUCACGGUGCUGCUUCCCCACGAGGGUCGGAGGGGGAGGCGUGGAGGUUCGGCUCUGCAGCUCCACGGCCGGCCCGGCGACCGCCGCGCUCCUCGCCGCUCGUUCUAAUCGUCGGCUCGGGUCGGGAGGAGGAGGGCGAAUUGUAAUUCCGACGGCCGAAUGACUCGUUACACUGGUAUUGCAUGAGCAGACGCUGUGCAAGCUCACCCCCCCCCCCCCCCAAACCUCCUCCCCGAGCCCCGUCGCACGCCUCGGUGCCCUCUCCCAGCCCUCUCUCCUCCACACAACUGGUAAUCCACCUCAGCCGCAAACCCGCCCGCCGGCAGCUCCCCGCUCCGCCGCAGCCCCCUCGGCCGCGAUGGCGGGGAGCUCCCCGGCACCUCGUUCCUCACGAACCUCAAGAGACGGUUCCCUCGCCCCCGGCCCUCCUCCUUCGGAUGCCACUGACGCUCGCGUAGGCUCAGCCCGUGGGCUCGCCGCCCGUGACGGCGGUGCUGCCGCCCGGCGAGGGGCUCCCAUGCACUGCACCUCACGUCGAAUAAGCUCGCUGGGCUACGUGGGGGAACCGCGUCUCAUAUGCUGUAAUGUCCCGAACGCUAUAGGAGGGGCUACGGAGUUUUCUGCCAGUCAUGGCGUCCUCAUAGACUCACCCGACUGUUGGCAAAAAUGCGUUUCUACUUCCAGAAAAACGAGGUUUUUUUGUCUCAAACCUCUCCAUAUCCGCAUCCAAGCACAGCCCUGCUGAACUGUUUCAAGCAAUUUCUCACCCACCCACCCGUCACACACACACACACACACACACACACGCGCGAAAUGAGAGAAAAAUAUCUAGACGUCUAUUACUACAUAUGUAUUAAUAUGUUAAUAUCACUCUUUUGGAGAACAUUAAAAUGUUAUUACUUUACAGACUAUGCUUUAUAGUACCUGUGUGAAAGGACCUAGGACACUGGAUACGAAUAGAGCUAUGUUGAUAUAUCAUAGUAUGUACACGAGAACCUUCCUUUUGUCAUAUUAUCCUUGUAAUGUAAAAUGAUUGUUAAUAAAAAAACAUUUAAAUUUA